CGAUGGCAACAAUCAAGCUGAAAUACAUCACGCUGGCAUGUGUGCUGGCUGCUACUGUAACUGCAGGGUCGCACUGCCACAACGACUACUACCAGCUUAAGAGUGUCUCCCAAGCGCAAGAGGAGUGUGCCCGUUACCAGGGCAUUCCGUGUGCCCGGCUAGCGGUCUACAACAAGUAUAUCUACCCAAACGAUACCCAGACGCAAUGCAUGGUACGUUGUAUGGGCCUCAACCUUGGCUGGUGGAAUGACACGCACGGAGUACAGGAACCGGCAAUGCGGAGCUUCUUCCAUCCGGACCCGGACGACUGCGACUACGAGCGCCGUACCUACCAUUGUCUUAAUUCUCAACGUCUCAAUCACCCAUCACCGCACGUCGAUGUUUGCGAACGUGCGUACGAAUCCUUCCGGUGUUACUACGAGCAGUACGGCAACAUCGUCGUAACGCCGCAGUUCGUCCCACUGAGUGAUCUACAGCAGGUAGAUGUAUUGUUGCAGUGUGCCAAUAUGCUACCAUUAACCGUCGGAAGAUCAUGCGCUGGCGGUAGUAAACCGUCGGAGCGUGAUGUCGAUUGUUUAGCGCGCUGUUUUCUACUGAGAAGCGGAUUGUACAGUGAGCAACAUGGACCACAUUUGGACCGUCUGUACGUGCAGUGUAACAAUUACGCGAACGAGACUCGUUUUCGUGAAACCACCGGUACCUGCUACCGGCGGCUGAAGUCGGAAUGUCAGGACGAAUGUGUUCUAGCGGGUCGGUUUUUGCGGGAAUGUUUCUAUGAAGGCGGAUUAUUGGGAUCUAUACCAGUCCCUGGAGGUCUGGGUGGAUUAGUAGGUGGAUUGACCGGAUUAACAGGGUUGGUACCACCUGUAACAUUGCAAUUGACAUCGCCUGGAUUAGCGGCAGUAACUUUAACAUUGAGUGCACCUUCAGUAAUGGUAGGAGCAUUGCCAGUACCUCCAGUAAUGGUAGGCACAUCGGGAGUAGCCGCUAAUGUGGGGAUAUUGUAAUUGUCACAACAUGCAAUAAUAUCCGU